AUGCGCAUCAUUUUAACCUCUCUUUACUUGGGCUCGUUUCCUUACCAAGUCUUAUCGGUGACUGGGGGCGCAGGCUUUGUAGGCUCUCACCUUGUCGAUCGAUUGAUGCAAGAUGGACAUGAAGUUAUUGCCCUGGAUAAUUACGCUACAGGUGGGCGCCACAACAUUGAACACUGGCUGGGUCAUACCAAUUUCGAACUGCUUCAUCAUGAUGUUGCGGAUCCUAUUAGCAUACAAGUGGACGAAAUUUACCACCUCGCUUCACCUGCAUCGCCCCCACACUACAUGCUCAACCCUGUUCGGACAAUCAAAGCAAACACAGUGGGGACCCUCAACAUGUUGGGGCUUGCUCGUCGGACGCGCGCGAAAUUUCUGUUUGCCUCAACAUCGGAAGUUUAUGGUGAUCCGGAGAUACACCCUCAGCCUGAAAGCUAUUGGGGAAAUGUGAACCCAAUCGGCCCUCGAGCUUGUUAUGAUGAAAGCAAACGUCUCGGUGAGACGUUAACAUUCGCAUAUUCAGAUCGUCUUGCUUUAUCGGUGAGGAUUGCUCGUAUUUUCAACACAUACGGCCCGCGCAUGCAACUGAACGAUGGUCGUGUUGUCAGCAACUUUAUACUACAAGCUCUCACAAACAAACCACUAACCGUUUAUGGCACGGGAAAUCAAACUCGGUCUUUCCAGUACGUAUCUGAUCUGGUAGAGGGCUUGGUCCGCCUGAUGGCCUCAAAUUACUCCUACCCCAUCAACUUAGGAAAUCCGGACGAGUUUACUGUCUUGGAACUCGCCGACGUCGUGCGGGAGCUUAUAGGGAGUACGCUUGCCAGGCGGAAACCCACCACGUCCUGGAACACUGCCGCCGAACCAUUUGCUGGAACGGGAAAAUCCCGAACCACCCAGCUGGCACCACGAGGAGGUUGUUCGGCAAGCCAGCAGAUGAACGAUUAGGGCUCUCAACCAAAGCGUUUAUUUCAAAAACCUGACCGCAAAGCACCGGGUUUGUGGCAGUGUGCUACAAGUAUCUAUUUCAAGGAAUGAGGAGCCACUCUCGGUCCAACCCCUGACCUAGAGGACCGAUAAGCGGAUUUCGUCUGACCUCUAACCAUUGACCAAUCUGGUAUGAGUGAUUUUGAGGCUGCUAGAAGCACCACCCAGCACCGCUCAAAGGAUCGCUGAGGUACACAAACCAUCGCGCCAGUCUCAUUGCGAUGGGAGCAACAGCACCGUCGUUCAUCAGCCGAAAGUAACUGAUGAUCCUCAACGACGCCGACCCGCGAUAAACUUGGCUAAAGCCCAGCUAGAUUGGGAACCAAUCGUUGGUCUACGGGAAGGACUGCGCAGAACGAUCGAAUAUUUCAAUGAAUACCUGCGCAGCAUUGCUAUGUGAUUUCGGACCAUUCUAUUUGCUUCGCCAGUUGGAUAGUUUUUUGCGUAAUAAAUCCGACUCCUUCUGCCGAACGCAAAUAGUGAAUAUACUGUUUUCGUAGA